AUGUUGCAACUGACCAGCAAGACGCGCCGCACGAUCAAGCCGCACAUUCUCCGCACGUCAUGUCUCACCCUAAUCUCGAAUGCUCACCCGAGGCCAGCUCCUCUUUACAAUCCUGCUAGGCUCUACUCGACUGAGCAGCCAGACAAGCCCAGCUCAAAAAACAACGCUCCCGAUCUGAAAGACAACGACUUCAAGUCUGCACCAAGCAAGCAAGACGGCGACUCCAAGCCUGCACCAAGCAAGCACCGCCGACACCCGCGGGCUCUCAAGAGCAAAAACACCAAGAAGCGAGGCGGGGCGCCCAGUAAACAGCCGUUGGCCGAUUUCUUGAAGCAUCUCGAGACAGGAACUCUGAAUGCCGGACAACAAAAACAGGCGACGACGAAAACAACAGAAACUACUAAAGCCAAGACGACAGACGGCGCUCAAGAUGGCACACCAGAGGCGGCAGAGGGGGUUUUCAAGAAGAAGGGGAAACAAGCGAAGGAGCCAAAGCCAAGCAGUUCUCCUGCUGCUAUUGCCAACGAUCCCAAACUGAUGAAACGUGCUACGGCGGUACUGCGAAAGGUGCUUGAAAAGGAGCUGCGUGCCGAGCAGGAGAGUAUGGGAUCAGAGGCGGACAAGGACAAAGUUAAACCUGGCAAGAAGAAGAAACAGAAGUCAACGUCAACAGAGACGAAACCCACGGAACCGAAGACUUUUGUCAGAAGACUCGGGACGGCCGGUACACACCCGCACUCGAAUAUUAUGGCGAGAAUAACGGGCCAAACAGAUCAUGUAACUUCAACACCGGACAAUUCGGCGACGACCACAAAGAAUCAGACACAAGAGGCACCUGUGAAACCAAAGAAGGCUCGCUCACCCGAGGAUUUACAAUGGCCGCCUCCGGGCAGAAAGCUCCACGUGCGACGAGUUGAUCCCGAUCUGAUCAGAAUGGUACCGGUUCACAAAGAGCAACCUCCUGUACCAGGUUUGUCUUAUGGCUUGGAUAGGGCUCUGUUCAACCCUGGAGUUUACCACAUGCAGGACCCCAGAUCUCGGGUGUGGAAUUUCGACCCCUAUCUUGCGCGUAUCAUGCCCAUCCAGGACUUCGACUUCAACGCGCUCAAGCAAUAUAUCACAUCGUCAAAGGAUACAACCCUUAUCGACAUUGCGCGAGAGGCGGAGAAGAAGUACACGGGCUCUACCUCGAGUAUGACCUCGACACUGGCGCAUUUCCAUUAUCUUCUUUCCUCUUGGCGACCAAUCACCACUGGCAUGAUGUCUCAAGCGUUCAGGACCGAUUCGACAAACUUCACCAGGAUCAUGCGCGCCCCUUCGGCUGCCUUCCUUCACUGGAAGGAUGGCGUGUACGCGAUUGAUGCGGACAAGGAAUUCGACACAGCAAACAUUCUCAGCAUGCUUGGAAAGUCGAUGGAAAAGCUUCUUACGUUGCCCAAGGAAGACUUUGAGAAGUAUCGCAAGACCAAGUCUCAUCAGCUCACCGAAGAGGAACGUGACAGCCCGGAGUCAUAUCAUUACACUAAGUUGGGAGACUUCAUGAUGCGGUCACAGCUCGACGCCUACGAUCCCAGAAUUCCCGGCACCGGCAUGUUCGAUCUCAAGACCAGAGCCGUCAUCUCCAUCCGCAUGGACGCCAAGGGUUUCCAGAAGGGCUUGGGAUACGAGAUCCGCCACCGGAAUGGUAACUGGGAAUCGUUUGAGCGCGAGUACUUCGACAUGAUCCGUUCUGCCUUCCUCAAGUACUCCCUCCAAGUCCGCAUGGGCCGUAUGGACGGCAUUUUCGUUGCCUUCCACAACACCCAGCGCAUUUUUGGCUUCCAGUACAUCCCUCUCACCGAGAUGGACUAUGCUCUGCACGGUAGCCGUGACACCAACCUCGGUAACAAGGAGUUCAAGCUCAGUCUCCAUCUGCUCAACAAGAUCCUGAACAGGGCUACCCAAAAAUGGCCGGAGCAGUCGUUGCGCCUUCACAUCGAGACGAGGCCAACUGACCCUCCGCUCAUGUACAUCUUUGCCAAGCCGGUCACCCCAGAUGAGAUCGAGGCGAUCCAGGGCGCUAACAAGAAGAUCAUCGAGAAGUUUGAGCGCGACAUGAUGGGCUUGGAACCAAAGGAAGAGCAGGAGGCGGAGGUUGCUGUUGAGAAGGCAAGGGAAGAGCCUGUGGAGGAAGCUACCGAAGAGUCUGUCGCAGAACCCGAAGCUCGUGAAGAGAUCACCACAGCGGACGUCUGGGAGGACAUGGUGGUCAAGGUGGAGGAGGCCCUCGAAAACGAGGAGCACGGCGUCACCUCGGUCCGCGAAGCUAUUGAGCAGGCUCUUCGCUCGAGUGGCCUGCUCGAAGCCAGUGCCCCUGCGGAAGUGCGCCGUUAUCUGGACGAGCUUCUUGAGGCCCUCACGAGCGCCGAGUCGGGCAAGGUUGACGAGUCUGCGGCUGAUAGUGCGGCCGAGGAGUCUGAGUCUGCCGUCUCCGCCGAGGCGACCACAGACACAAAGGUCGAGGUUGCUACUGAGGGAGAGGAGGAGCCCACGCUGAAGGAUCUGGUCCUUCGUCUCGCCAGCCAGGUCAAGGCUGACCGCAGUGAAGUCGCCAAGGGCGAAAGCGACGCGUCUGUGGCGGCGGCGGAUGACUCGAAGCUACGCAAGUUCGAGACCAUUCUCUCGGAGCUCAUUUCCAAGUCGCGGGACACCGAGAUCACCGAAGGCGAGCAGUCUACCGCCUCAACCGACGCCUCGGCCACUUCCAAGUCUGCGCAUCCCGAAAACGAAAUCGCCUCCCUCGACGAGACCGUGCACACCAAGACCAACGCCACCUCCGUCCUGCCCGAGAGCAGCCCCGAGCUCCUUGGCAUGAUCCUGACGAUCCGCAACAAGGUCAACGGCGAGUACGUCGAGCGGCCCGAGCACCUGCGCCGCACCGACAAGUGGGAGGUGGAGUACUCGCUCGAGGACAUGCCGACGCUGCGCGCCGAGACCAUCUACAAGAUGGUGAUCCAGCGCCGGCGCAAGACGCUCGACGACCAGGAGGACCGCGACAAGGCGUGGUACGAGAUGUUCCAGGGCGCGCUGAACAAGUUCACGAAAAAGGGCCGCCGGCACAGGCAGAGGGAGAUCGAGCUGGGCAAGACCAGGCCGGUGCAUGUGUACGGCAUGGACAAGCCGCUGGAUUGGGAGUCCGUGUUUGGCGAGGGUAAGGAGGAGGGUAUGAGUUACCGGUGGUAUGGCCAGGAAGGGGAGAAUGUGGAGACGGGCACGAUUGAGCUGUCUCCUGAGGAGGUCGAGGAGGAUGAUGGCAGUUUGCCGGUGGAGGAGCUCGAGGAGGAGGCUGGCGAGGAGGGUGAGGUUGAGGUUGAUGUUCCGGCUUUUGCUGAGGAGGAGCAGCAGCAGCAGCAGAACGCCCCUGAGGACAACAACAACAACAACAAGCCCGAGGAGAAGCCUGAGGAAAAGUCCGAGGAGAAGCCUCAGGAAAAGUCCGAAUGA